UCCCCCCCCCCCCCCCCCGAAAUAGAUUACAUAAUGCUCUUUUAACUUGGAAUUUUCUCAGUGCUAAUAAGAAAUGAACAACUGUGGAGAGACAUUGGAUAAUAGAAAAAAACUACAGAAUUAAAUCAGUCAAUAUAAUUUAAGGAUGUACUGACCUCAGAAUGGAAACCAGGAUAUGUGUUACAUUGGGGACAAGGUUUUCUUUUUGUUUCUACAGGAGAAGAAAAGCUAUGGAUACCAUCAAAAUUGAUAAAGGUUCUAUUUGAACAAGAGAGACCUCUUCAUUAAAAGAGGUGAUGGUUAAUCAACCAGCAUGACCAUUCAAUUUAAACUAACUUAUACUACUAAUGCUUUUCAUUUAAUCAGGUAUAACUUACCAAAAGGAAACCUCCCCAAAGUUAGGAUUGGGGAAGGGUUUUUGUUUUUGUCUUUUAGGAGAAUGAAUGAUAAGGAAUCUAAAAAGCAGUAGACAAAUGAGACAUCUGAAGAAAAAGGACAAAUAAUACAGAAAAAGAAAUGUCCCAAGAAAAAGAAUAAAUUGGCCUAUUAGUAUAUCACAUAUCUAACAGGAUAAAAUUUCACAAGUCUUCCUAAAUGUUUGUUUCUGCUGUUCUCUACAGACACAUAACACAAAUGGUCUUUAUGUAGUCCCAGUUCAAUUAAAAAUUAAAGCUGGCUUUGGAGUUGGAGCAUGGCUCUUUCCUUCUCUAAACCCAAGCAUGCUUGUUAAAAGAAAAUGCAAAAUCUCUGUAUCAUGUCAGAAAAGUCACCUGAUAUGAGACAGAAGAAAAACCAAAAUUAAUGGACUAUUCUACUGCCACUAAUCUCAUAAUUCUUUGGUGGUAUUUUGACUCUGUAAAACUUUUCUUAAGGUAUGAAUAUUAUAUUAAAAUUUAUAAGAUAUAUAUGUUUUAAACCUUUGUCAUGAUAUUAAUGGUCACAUAGAGUACUAACUAAUUCUAGAAAAAAGGCUUCAUCAAGCUGCCUGUACAUGUUUUCAUGUUUGAGUCUCUAUCAGUUUUUUGCAGGGAAUCAUGACCAUGCCUAACAGCAAAUUUGUAGUCUCCAAAAAGAUGAUGGGGCUCCACAAAGAUGAUUCCAUCAGGACACACACCACCCAAAGAUCAGCUUUAGACAGCAAACUGCUCAGGAUAAUUUUUAGAUGGCUAGCUGAGAUGAUCCAGCCUCACAGAAUACUUGAGUAAGGACUUGAAAUAAGCCCUACAAUUUUGCAUUAUGCAGAGACUGAACAACAAAUGAUACAGCUACCUCUCCCAGGACUUAACAGUUCACUCAAAAAUAUUCUUUUCAAAAACACCUAAAGAUGCCUUUGCCCUCAGACAGCAGGAAGUAAUUUUAAGAACACAACACCCACAUUCUCAAGAUGUGAGGUGGGUGGUUUUUGGUCAUCCAAUGGGUUAUGAAUAAUUGUCAUUGUUUAGAAUGGUUAGUUACAAGUUGUUGUUAAUGGUCAGGAAAAAGCUAAACAAAACAAAUUAGAUUCCUGGUUCUUGUUUGAAAAAAAAAAGAGGAUUAAAAAAGAGGUAGAUUAUUGAAUCUACUCUAAAAAAUAUAAAUGAUAGAAUAAAAUGUAGAUUUUAUUAAUCUACUCUGAAAAGAAAAAAGAAAGAAUAUGAAUAUAAUAAGAUACAAAGGUAGAUUUUUGAAUCUGCUUUUAAAAAGCAACUACUAAUUUUAAAUAAUUUGCAUUAUAUUGGAUUUUUGUAUAUUAUACACAGAUUAUGUAUAUUGCUACAAAUUUGAGAUUGAUUUAUAUAGAUAUGAUAAGAUAAGAAGGUUGAUUGUUGAAUCUACUUUUAGAAGGCAACUACAAGUUUCAAAUAUUUUACUUUGGAUUGAAUUUUUGUAUAUUGUAUACAAAUUUUGUAUACUGAUAUAAAUUUGAGAUUGAUUUUGUUAGAAAAUACUGUACAUAUAUUUCUAAUCUUAUUCAAGGUAUUGUAUCUAUACAGUUUAUUUAGCAAUUUAAUGAAAUUUUCUAGUCCUUAAAAAUUAUUGCCAACUAUUUAGGACAUAAAGAAAUGCAGGUUAGUAGUUAGUCAUUACAAUCAAACUUGUCAUAUUAGAUAUGCUUUCACUAUCAAACAGAAAUAUAUUUUAGGUAGACAGGUCAUCUUCAAAUACUUCAGAGAUCUACAGAAUAUGGCAUUUUAGAUGUUUUAAUAACAGAUUUUUUUCUUUUUUUUUUUUAAUGACAAUGAGACUUGUCUGCCCCUGGCAGCACCAAUCUACAUCAGAGAAGAUAAUGGUCAUUGAAGAAACUCCAUAUAGAGCUUACUUUCAUUGUGGCAAAAGUUAGCCACUGGGCAAGAAAAUACCCUUGCAUUGGCUGCACUGCUGACAGUAUGCUGUCCAAAAUGGACAAGCAGAACACAAAAGAAAGGACUUCUGAUCUUUGCCAAGACAAGAUAGGAAGGUUCUUUAGAAAAUCUUGCUUCACAGAUGAGUCUGUCAGAUAUACUAGGCCUGUAGGCCAAAGAUGGGUGCCCCAAUGUUGCAGAGAAACCUCGGUAACUGUCCAGGCAGCCAGCUCUUUCUGUCAAAACUGACAUUUUUGGGAAGUCACUUGUUUGCACUUUCUGUUUAACUAGGUAAUAUUAUUUCCUUCUCAGGUCUUUGAGGGAGUUGAAGAUUAGAUAGUUAUAGCUUUCUUUGUUAAGAAAUUCAGUAAAGAAAGUCACUAAAGAGGUAUAAAGUGUAUAAGUUGGAAAGACAUCAAAAGAUAGUUUUUGGUUGGUAAUACAAGUUAGGAUAGAAAGUGAAUUAGGUACAUUUUGGACUCACCAAGAUAGGAUAGAUAGCUGGGUGGUGGUGGUGCACACCUUUAAUCCCAGCACUUGGGAGGCAGAGGCAGGAGGAUCUCUGUGAGUUUGAGGCCAGCCUGGGCUACAGAAUGAGUUCCAGGACAGGCUCCAAAGUCACAGAGAGAAACCAUGUCUCAAAAAACCAAAAAAAAGAAAGAAUGAUAUGAUAGACAAUGGAAUAAUUCUGCUUAACUUGUCAAAUGCAAAUGGAAUAAUUUUGCUGAGUUUGUCAAAUGCAAAUGGACUAGACAUUGUUUAUGUAUUUAUUGCCUGUAUAUAUUAUAUAUAGUUAUUGUACUUAUUGUAUAUAGUUUUUCUUAUAUUAGUUAUAACUUUUUUAUUUUAGACAAAAAAGAGGAAAUGUGGUGGUAUUUUGUUUGUGCACCCCAAUAACGUUUAUAUGGGGAUCAGAGGAAUAAGCCAGCCACCAUAUUAAACAUAGAAGCCAGGCAGUGGUAGUAUAGGCCUUUAUUCCUAGCAUUCAGGAGGCAGAGAUUCAUCCAGAUCUCUGUGAGUUCAAGGCCAUACUUGGAACAGAGCAAGUGCUAGUUAACCAUAGAGGUCUGGAGGUCUAGACAGACAAACAGGAAGUGAUAGAGCUGGAUGGAAAGAUGAAGUGAUGAAGCUGGGCAGAAAGAAGAAGUAAGAUGGCAGGGCACAGAAAGGUUUACAGACAUGAAUAUACAGGAAGUGGCUCUCUCUGGAGGCUGAGGAGUUGGUAUGGUGACGUUGGCUGUGGCUUGUUCUAUUCCUCUGAUCCUUCAGUUUUCAUCACAAUAUCUGGCUCCAGGUUUUUUAUUAAUAAAACUGUUUAGCAGUUUGUCUUACAGAACAGGAACUAUAGAUGCAAGCAUAACCAAAGGAAUACAAGAGAUGGAAGAAAGGAUCUCUGGCUUAGAGGAUACAAUAGAGGAAAUAGAUUUGUCAGUCAAAGAAGACACCAAAGCCAAAAAAGUCAUAACAAAAAACAUCCAGGAAAUCUGUGACACCAUGAAAAGGCCAAACCUAAGAAUAAUAGGGAUAGAUGAAGGAGAAGAGUACCAACUCAAAGGCACAGAAAAUAUGUUCAACAAAAUCAUGGAAGAAAACUUUCCCAACUUAAAAAAGGAAAUACCUAUGAAGAUACAAGAAGCUUAUAGAACACCAAAUAGACUAUACCCCCAAAAGAGUCCCCUUGCCACAUAAUAAUUAAGCCACUAAACAUACAGAAUAAAGGAAGAAUAUUAAGAGCAGCAAAGGAAAAAUGCCAAGUGACUUAUAAAGGCAGGCCUAUCAGAAUAACACCCAAAUUCUCAAUGGAGACUCUGAAAGCCAGAAGGUCCUGGACAGAUGUAAUGCAGACACUAAGAAACCACGGAUGCCAGCCCAGACUGCUAUACCCAGCAAAACUUUCAAUCACCAUAGACACAGUAAAUAAGACAUUCCAAGACACAACCAGAUUUAAACAAUAGCUAUCCACAAAUAAAGCCCUAUGGAAGGCACUAGAAGGAAAACUCCAACAUAAGGAAGUCAAAUGCAACCACAAAAACACAGGCAAUGGAUAACGCCACAUCAGCAAAUCCCAAAGAAGGGAAAUACAUGCACACUAUCACCAAAAGAUAACAGGAAUUAACAAACACUGGUCACUAAUAGCCCAUAAUAUCAAUGGGCGCAAUACACCUAUAAAAAGAUACAGGCUAACAGAAUGAAUACAAAAUCAGGAUCCAUCCUUCUGCUGCAUACAAGAAACAUACCUCAACUUCAAAGACAGACACUACCUCAGAGUAAAAGGCUGGGAAAAGACUUUCCUAUCAAAUGGACUUAAAAAGCAAGUUGGUAUAGCUAUCCUAAUAUCUAACAAAGUAGAUUUCAAACUAAAAUCAAUCAAAAGAGAUUGGGAAGGACAUUACAUACUCAUCACAGGAAAGCUCCACCAAGAUGAAGUCUCAAUUCUAAACAUUUAUGCCCCAAAUACAAGGACACCCACACAUGUAAAGGAAACAUUACUAAAGCUUAAAUCACACAUCAAACCCCACACAUUAAUAGUGGGAGACUUGAACACCCCACUCUCAACAAUGGACAGAUCUGCCAGACAGAAACUUAACAUAGAAAUAAGGUAUCUAACAGAUGUUAUGUGCUGCAAGCUGCAGGAAAAUGUAUUGGAAUCCAGACGCUAUCACAAAAGCUACUACUUGGAAAGGUCAAGGACAUUUCUGAAGGUCAAUCCAUGGCUUAAGAAGUUUUGGUGAUAUUUUAGCAUAUAUAUAUAUAGCUGGUUUCUACAAUGAUUUUCUGGUAUGCUGUGUAUGCUUCCAAGAACUUCAAAUAGUAUAUUUUUUCUGAAAUACCUAUCAAACCUCCAAGGCCAAAUGAUCUCCUGAAUUAAGGUAAAUUAAGCUCAGGCCCUCUUUUCUUCAUAGCCUUAGUGACAUUUAUACUAACAUUAUAGAUUCCUAACAUUUACCUAAGCACCUCUAGGAAUGUGGAUUGAGCACAUAAAUUCUCUUUUUCUGAUAUAUUAACUGAUUUUAGCUCUCAACUGACCUCCUCCUUUACCACUCCAUUUUAAGUUGCAAAAGAAAGUCUGAUGGCCACUGUCUGAGGAAAACUCUUGUCUAUCUUUAUGACCCUUUAAGAAUUCAAGCCUGGUGACCUUGCUUUGGCUAAAGCACUGCUAUUGCAUGGGUAUAUAAUUGUAAACCUAAGAGAUUUAGAGAGGAUUUUUGAGGAUAUGAACUGGAGAAGAUUUUGACUGGGGAACUGCGGUGGUAUUUUACUUGUACUGAAAUGUGAUUUUAAUUGUAUGUUAAUAAAUAAAGUUGUCUGGGGGUCAGAGCUAUUAGAGCCAUAGCAAGUGCAUGGCGAUGGUGGCACACGCCUUUAAGGACCUGGAGGGUGGUACAUUCAGGCAGUGAUGAGGCAGUCACAUGUUUGGGUUUACAACCAAUGAGAAGGCAGAACAGGAAGAUUUUAAAGACAUACACACAGGAAGUAGGUCCCUUUCGGAGAGCUCUCUUGGCUGAAGAGGAUCCCUGAAUCAGGAAGGGUGAGGCUCUUAGCUCUGACCUCUUGGCUUUCUUCUCUGAAUUGGCUCUGUGUUUCUUAUUUAAUAAGACCGUUGGUUACAUCUACAUUUGGGCCCAACGUGACAAGAAUCCAUUAAAAACCUGCUUAACUUGGCUUGGCGGCAGGUCUGGUCUCCCGCCAGGGCGGCCAGCAGGUCACGUUUCCCACCAGGGCGGCCGGCUCCCUAGCCCGGGCCCAGGUCAGCUUGGCCUCAGGCCGGACUUACUUUGAGCUACUUGCUUAAAGCCGGUGCUACAGACAAUUCAGGCCUGCCCUGCCGAACAGGGCCCCUGCCUGUAAAGCCAACGCACGUGGUUGGAUCUUAAGGUAGCCAGAGCCAAGGCUUGACUAGGCUCAAGCGGGAACACGUGGCUGGACUCAAGCUCUUAGGCAGAACUUGCUGCUACGGUUCUUGGUGUUCUCUCUCUCUCUCUCUCUCUCUCUCUCUCUCUCUCUCUCUCUCUCUCUGGAUUCACACCUCGGACACUAGGUGGCUGUUUGGAAAUUCACUCGGAUUGGUACUGUUCUAUGAGGACUUGGUAAGUCACUUAACAUAUUGAAUAUUUUAAAGGAAACUAUUUAAAAGAGAAAUUUUUUUCCACAUUUUAAAAAAAAUGGGUUUUCUGUGUUCAUUGGAAGAAAAUUGGGCUUUGUUUGCAAUUUUAGACAGUCUGACAAUGGAGCAGCUAUAUGAGAAGAUUAAUGUUGACCGAAUUAUACAUUUUAUUACUAUGCUUAUUCUCAUUUUACUAUUUAAAAAGAUAGUCAAUUUAAGUGCCAGGAUGACAGCUUUAGAAAAACUUGAUAAACCUGUAAAAACUCAGACAGAAGAAACUAACAGUGAAGUUGCUUCAAGAUUGGAUCAUAGGGUUACAGAAAGAAAGCCUGUUUUCACACAGUCACCCUUAGUUUGUCCAGUAACUGUACAACAGUUGACUGAUCAAAUGACUACACAAAAUAUUUGGGCUCCAAUUGAAAUGUUAGAUUUACGAAGGUUUAAGGAGGCAAUAGUAUCUUAUGGCAUGCAUUCCCCAUAUGUAAAGCAAAUGUUAAACUCUUGGUCAACAUAUAAUAGGAUUGUACCACAGGACUGGCAGGAGCUGGCACAAGCUGUUCUUGAACCCAGUCAAAGGCUUCAGUGGCUAACUUGGUUCAAGGAUGAAGCUAAAAACAUAGAGAAAAAGUGGAGGGAUAAAGGAAUACAAGUCUGCCAGGAUCAGCUUAUUGGAGAAGGUCAAUAUGCUUCAGCACAAACACAAUGUUUAUAUGAUGUCCAAACCCUAAUUUUAUGUCAAACAGCAGCCUUGAAUGCAUGGGACAGAGUUGAGGAACCAGGAAAAAAAACUGAGUCAUUUACAAAGGUUGUACAAGGCCCAAAAGAAUCUUUCACAGAUUUUUUACAGAGACUGGCUUCAGCAGUAAAGAGAAUGGUCCCGGAUUCAGAAGCUAGUAAGAUAAUAAUUGAAUCUUUGGCCUUUGAGAAUGCGAAUGCAGCAUGCAAAACAAUAAUCAGGCCGUUAAAGGCAAGAUCUGCACCUUUGGAAGAUUGAAUUAGAGACAUGGUUAAUGUUGAAGCUCAUGAGCAUGAUGAUACGUGGGUAGGAGAAGCAAUUUCAAAAGGUUUGAGGAAUGUUAGAUGUUUUGGAUGUGGAAAGCAAGGACAUUUGAAAAGGGACUGUAAACAGGUCAUUCCUAGAAACAAUGUUUCUUCAAGGAACAAUGGCAACAGAAUGCCCCUUCCUUCUGGAGUAUGCAGAAGGUGUGGUAAGGGAAAACACUGGACCAACGAGUGUAGAUCAACAAGGGACAGACAGGGUAACCCCUUGCCUCAGUCUUUGGGAAACUCCUAGAGGGGACUCAUGCAGGCCCCAAUAGCAAAUCCAGUUCAAACCUUUCCUGCAGUCGUAGAGGAAACCCCUACUCAGAGCAAUUAAAUAACCAAAUGCCUAUUGGAAUAAGUCAUGCUGGUCAGGAUGAUGAAACAGAGAGAAUAGAAAAUUCAGGAGAAAACAUAAAGAAAAAUUUUUGGCAAACUUCUAUUAAUGAACAAAGACCAAAAUUAUCGAUAAAAAUAAAUGGUGUUUUGUUGUCUGGUCUGGUAGACACAGGUGCGGACGUUACCAUAAUUGCACCAGAAUUUUGGCAUCCAACUUGGCCUCUUCAGGAGGUAAACAUUCAACUGUUAGGAAUUGGGACAUUAUCUCAGGUGAAACAGAGUGCAAGAUGGCUCGAAUGUAUAGGUCCAGAAGGACAGAGAGCAAAAUUAAAACCAUAUGUGGCUAACAUAGCUCUGAACCUGUGGGGUUGAGACUUGUUACAACAAUGGAAUACUCAGAUUAACAUUCCUCCAAUCUCAGAAACAAAUCAUAAACUAGCACAUGUUUCUGAGAGAAAUAUUAGAAGGCAUUAUUCUGAGUGGUCACCAGCCAUCCAUAUUAUACAAGAACAGGGCACAACAACUGAUGAUCUUCCAAAAACAACAACAGCUCUACCUUUAAAAUGGUGAACAGACAAGCCUGUAUGGGUCCAGCAAUGGCCUUUAAAAACAGAGAAACUCCAGGCUUUAGAAGAGCUGGUAGAAGAACAGUUAAAUGCUCAGCAUAUUGAAGAAUCAACCAGGCCUUGGAAUUCUCCUGUAUUUGUUAUUAAGAAGAAAUCUGGUAAAUGGAGAAUGGUAACAGACCUUAGAGCAAUUAACAAAGUAAUUCAGCCAAUGGGCUCUUUACAAUCUGGAAUUCCAUUGCCUACUCUGUUACCAAAAGGAUGGCCUCUCAUUAGUUAUUGAUUUAAAAGACUGUUUCUUUUCAAUACCCUUACAAGAAAAAGACAGAGAAAGAUUUGCUUUCACAGUGCCUACUUAUAUUAAUUCUCAACCGGUUAAAAGAUUUCAAUACAGGGUCCUCCCACAGGGAAUGCUGAAUAGCCCAACUCUGUGCCAAUAUUUUGUACAACAGCCAUUGGAAGUGAUAUGUAAAAAAUUUCCUAAAUCUAUAAUUUAUCAUUAUAUGGAUGAUAUUUUACUAGCUGACUCAAAUGCACAUACUUUAGAAAGAAUGUUUGAAGAAGUAAAGAAAAUUUUGCCUUGCUGGGGAUUACAAAUUGCUCCUGAAAAGAUCCAAAGAGGAGAUUCUAUUAAUUAUUUAGGAUAUAAAAUAGAACUACAAAAAAUUAGACCCCAAAAGGUGCAAAUUAGGAGAGAUAGACUACAGACUCUUAAUGACUUUCAAAGAUUAUUUGGAGAUAUUUCUCAUCUACGAACUAUUGUUGGGGUAAAAAAUGAUGAACUGCAUAAUUUGUUCAAAACCUUAGAAGGUGACAAGGACUUAAAUAGCCCAAGAGAAUUAUCACCUGAAGCUGAGAAAGAAUUGGCCUUGGUAGAAAAGAAAGUACAUGAAGGACACGUGGAUCGUAUUGAUCCAAAGCUGGAUUGCAUUUUGGUUAUUUUACCUUCUAGGCAUUCUCCUACAGGAAUAUUAAUGCAGAGGGAAGAUAUGUUAGAAUGGACAUUUUUACCAAAUAAACCAAAUAAAAAAUUAAAAACUUAUGUGGAAAAAAUCUCUGACUUGAUUUGGAAAGGAAAAUUGAGACUUCGUCAAUUAGCAGGAAUAGACCCAGCAGAAAUUGUACCUUUAACUAAGGAGGACAUUGAAAAAUUAUGGACAGAAAGUGAACCUUGGCAAAGAGCUUGCAGUAUUUUUUGGGAGAAAUUAACAGCAAAUAUCCCCAAAGUGAUAGAAUUCAUCUUAUAAAGAGAACUGAUUGGAUCUUGCCUCGAAUUGUACGGGAAAAACCCAUAUCUGGAGUUCGUACAUUUUAUACAGAUGCCAACAAACAAGGAAAGGCAGGUUACAAAUCAGAAAAUUUAAGUAAAGUGGUUCAAAGUCCUUAUAAUUCAGUUCAGAAAUCAGAAUUGUAUGCUAUUCUGUUGGUAUUAAUGGAUUUUUCAGAACCUCUCAACAUAGUAACUGACUCUCAGUAUGCUGAAAGAGUAGCAUUACAUAUUGAGACUGCAGAAUUUAUCCCUGAUGCUUCAGAUUUAACUUCACUAUUUAUUCAAUUCCAAGAUACAAUAAGGAAAAGGAGUCAUCCUUUAUAUAUAACUCACAUUCGAUCCCAUACUGGUCUACCAGGCCCUCUAGCACAAGGCAAUGAUGAGCUUGAUAAAUUAUUGAUAGGAAAUGUGCUGGAGGCCUCAGAAUUUCAUAAAAAACAUCAUGUCAAUAGUAAAGGCUUAAAAAAGGAUUUUUCCAUAACCUGGCAACAAGCCAAAGAAAUAGUAAAGAAAUGUCCUACUUGUUCCUUCUACAAUCAAACGCCAUUAACAGCUGGAUGUAACCCAAAAGGUACUCAAAGGAAUGAAAUCUGGCAGAUGGACGUGUUUCACUUUUGAGAAUUUGGAAAACUGAAAUAUGUACACCACACUAUUGAUACUUAUUCAGGAUUUCAGUGGGCAACUGCUUUGAGUUCUGAAAAAGCUGAUUCUGUAAUCACUCAUUUGCUAGAAGUUAUGGCCAUCAUGGGUAUACCUGCACAAAUCAAAACUGAUAAUGCUCCAUCAUAUGUCUCUGUUAAAAUGAAACAGUUUUUUGCUUAUUACAAUAUAAAGCAUAUUACAGGCAUUCCACAUAAUCCUACAGGUCAAGCAGUUACAGAAAUAUCAAAAAGAACUCUAAAGGAUAUGCUAAAUAAACAGAAAGGGGUAACAAAACCCCCCAGAAACAGACUGCAUAAUGCUCUAUUAACUUUGAAUUUUCUUAAUGCCAAUGAGAAAGGAACAACAGCUGCAGAGAGACAUUGGAUAAUAGAAAAAAACUACAGAAUUAAAUCAGCCUAUAUACUUUAAGGAUGUGCUGACCUCAGAAUGGAAACCAGGGUAUGUGUUACGUUGGGGACGAGGUUUGGCUUUUGUUUCUACAGGAGAAGAUAAGUUGUAGGUACCAUCAAAAUUGAUAAAGGUUUGAUUUGAACAAGAGAAACUUCUUAAUUAGAGGAGGUGAUAGUUCUUCAACCAGCAUGAACAUCCAAUUUAAACUAACUUAUACCAGUAACACAUGUCUUUUCAUUUAAUCAGAUAAUAACUUGCCAAAAAGGAACAUCCCCAAAAUUAGUCUUGGGGAAAGGUUUUUGUUUUUGUCUUUUAGGACAAUGAAGGUUAAGGAAUCUGAAGAACACUGGACAAAUGAGACAACUGAAGAAAAGGGACAAAUCAUCUAUCCCAGGAAACAGAGUGAAACGGCGUAUGGUUUUCUGCAGGAAAUCACGGCCAGGCCUAACAUCAACUGAAGUCUCCAGGAAGAAGUUGGGGCCCCACAACAACAACAAUUCCACAUGGACAAUAAUAACAUCAUUAAGCUGACAAACAUCAUCUACAGAUCAGCUUUGAACUACAAGGUGCUCAGAGCAAUUUUGAGAUGACUACCUGAGAUGAUCCAGUCUCAAAGACUACUUGAAUAAGGACUUGAGAUAAACCCUGAACUUUGGCAUUAUACACAGACUGGAUAAUGAAGGAUAUGGUUACCUUUCCUAGAAUUUGACAAUUAACCUAAAAUUUUUCUUUCAGGAUAAAGAUACCUUCUCCCAUACCCAGCAGGAAGCAAUUUUAAGAAUACGACACCCACAUUCCCAAAGAGGUGGUGUGGGGCAGGUGGCUUUUUGGUCUUUUUAAUGGGUUUUGGGUCUGGGAUAAUUUUCAUUGUUUAGGGGGUUGGUUACAAGUUGUUGUCAAGGGUUAGGAAAAAGGCUAAGCAAAGAAGAUUAGAUUUAAGGUUCUUGUUUAAAAAAAAAGAGAGAAAGAAAGAAAGAAGAAGAAAAAGACAAUUACUAGUUUUAAAUACUUUAUUUUGGAUUGGAUUGUUUUAUAUUGUAUACAAAUUAUAUAUAUUGAAAUUGAUAGUGUCAGAAAAUGCUAUAUGUAUAUUUUUAAUUGUACUUAUACCAUUCAUUUAACAAUGCAAUUUUCUGAUCCUUGAAUGUUAUUAUUACCAACUAUUAGGAUAUAAAGAAAUGAAAGUUAGUAGUUAGACAUUACAAUAGAACUUGUAGUCAUAUUAGAUAUGUUUUAAAAAUUGAGCAGAUAUAUUUUAGACAGGUCAUCUUCAAACCCUUCAGAGAUCUACAGAAUAUGGCAUUUAAAAUGUUUUAAUAACUUAGAAAAUUUUUCUUUUUUGUUAUGACUAUGAGACAUGUCGGCUCCUGGCAGUACCAAUCUACUUCAGAGAAAAUAUGGGCAUUGAAGAAACUGCAUAUGGAGUUAACUUUCAUUGUGGCAAAAGUUAGCCACUGGACAACAAAGUAUCCUUGAAUCAACUGCUGACAAAAUGGACAGACAGGACAUGAAACAAAGGACUACUGAUUCUUGCCAAAACAAGUGUGGUUAUGGCUUUAUCAAAAGGCAUCUUCUGAGGCCAGGACAAUAUGGCACCAUCCCUGAAAUGGCCUUCGCAAUUCGGAAAAGGUACAGUGCCCUUUUCUUCGAAGGCAGCUGAAUAGGCAGUGGGCCGAUGGCUUCUGAUGUGCAAUGGAACAGCAGCUGAAACAGUUAUUCUUGAAGAGUAACUAAGCUCACGCCUCUCAAUAGUAAACUGGCAUUUGACAGAGGGAUGUGGAGAAGAACGGGAUGCUGAGAUGAAGCCAUAUAUACACAGCCAAGAAGAAUGGACAGUUGAAUUAAAAAACCAUCAACAAUUUCCAGAAUUUAAAAUCCUGAAUCAUGACAUGACACUAGUGGAAUUCAGGUGUUUCUGGUACAUGGACUGCUCUCACCCAAUGUGAGGUUGAACUGUUGACCUUGUGUACAUCCUACUUCACAAAUGAGUCUGUCAGAUAUGCUAAGCCUAUAGGCUGAAGAUGAUGCCCCAGCAUUGCGGAGAAACCUCAGGUGACUGUCCAGGCAGCUGGCUGUUUCUGUCAACUCACAAAUUUUUUGGAAGUUGCUGGCAUGCACUUUCUGUUUUUAUUUUUGUUAGCUAAUAUUAUUUCCUUCUUGGGUCUCUGAGGGAGUUGAAGAUUAGUUAGUUAUAGUUGAAGGUUAGUUAGUUAUAGUUGAAGAUUAAUUAGGAUAGAAAGUGAAUUAGAUACAUUUUGGACUUAACAAAAUAGGAUAGAUAAUGAAAUUAUUUUCUCUGAAUUUGUCAAAUACAAAUGGACUAGACAUUGUUUAGACAUUUAUUACUUGUAUAUAUUGUGUAUAGUCAUUGUACUUUUGUAUAUAGUUUUUCUUUUGUUAGUUAUAACCUUUUUCUUUUUUUUUCCUUUUUAUUAAAAUAGAAAAGGGGAAAUGUGGUGAUAUUUUACUUGUACUGAAAUGUGAUUUUAAUUGUAUGUUAAUAAAUAAAGUUGUCUGGGGGUCAGAGCUAUUAGAGCCAUAGCAAGUGCAUCCGGUGGUGGCACACGCCUUUAAGGACCUGGAGGGCGGUACAUUCAGGCAGUGACGAGGCAGUCACGUGUUUGGGUUUACAACCUAUGAGAAGGCAGAACAGCUAGACUAUGUAAAGACAUACACACAGGAAGUAGGCCCUUUUUUGAGAGCUCUCUUGGCUGAAGAGGAUCACUGAAUCAGGAAGGGUGAGGCUCUUAGCUCUGACCUCUUGACUUUCUUCUCUGAAUCA